UGUAGCGUCUUGCAAAAAAUCUGUCAUCUGAGCAUAAAUAAGAGAUAAGAUUUAUGUAUCUGAAUGUUUACCAAAUGUCAUCCAGUGGAACCACAAAUGCCACGUAUUUCCAACUAAUAUAACAAAAAAUUGGAAACCAUUUGAUAUAGUGAAUAUUAACAAACAAAAACCUAUUGAUGUUAGAAAUGGCAGCCAAACUCCACAUCCCUUCUUCCUUUAGCCACAAGGCCAAUGAUUCGACAACUUCAUCAUCUUCCUCAUAUUCAUCGUUGCUUGCUCUGCCUCAAUUCCUCUGUACACCGUGUUCAUCAGGCUUUACACAGUUCAAGCUUCACGCCAAAUUAGGUGGAGGAGAUGGAGAAGUGAAACCUAAAGAAAAGAAGAAGUUCAUAACCAAAGAAGAAGAACCAGAACAGUAUUGGCAAAGCGCUGGCGAAAGAGAAGGGGAGAAUCCGAUGAAGACUCCUCUCCCUUACAUAAUUAUUUUUGGUAUGUCAACUCCAUUCGUCAUCUUAGCCAUUGCUUUUGCCAAUGGUUGGAUCAAAGUUCCUAUUCGCUGAGCAUUUCAUUUUUACUUCUUCUUCCCUUGUUUAAGUCUCUAAACAUGAAAUGAAACAUAGACAUCUUCUUCGGCUGUAAAAGAAAACAAAGUAUGCGUUUAUAUUGUAUGGUUCUCUCAUUCAUC